AUGGCUUCGAAAACCCCCCAGGUCCCCUCGUCGUUGGAAAACCUACCAUCUGAGAUCCGACGUCAUAUUCUCUCAAUGGUGAACGUUGACAGUCUCAAGGCCCUGGUGCAAGCCUCUCCCGUUUACUUCCAUCAAUACCGACUAGAUCGCAAGCUUUUACUCUGUCAAAGUCUGGAGUCGACAUUGGGCAGCGUGACUGCUGAUGCCUAUGCAGUCCACAGGUCCAACUCCAUUGGAUUUUCAGGGAAACGCACCACAGAAGGAGUUCAAGCUUUCAUUACAUUCUACCGCACAAUCAGGUCUCAAGCCUGGUCUUCACCUCUCCACAAAGUUGUCAGCACGAGAGGGGUCACAUCCAUGAUCAAAUUUCACUGCUCGAUUAUUCAACCCUUGAUGCGAUGUUUUGUGACACAAGCAUUGAGCAAGCUCACCAAAGUGAAGAAAGGAUCCCAGAUUGAAGAGACUUUGAGCAGGACAGAAGAGACACGACUGAUGCGCGCUUUUUAUCGAUACCAACUUUGUCACAAUCUCUAUAGCCUCGAAACGAGAGAGUUUUAUCCCUCUGCGGACUGGCUCUCUAUCUCCAAUCGCAUUCAGAGUGACUUCUUGUGCAUCUUUAACCCCUGGGAGGCAGAGGAGAUAUCUUGUAUUAGUUACUUCUCCGAAAGAAAGCACAAGCAGGUCCGCGACAAUCUUUACUUGCACAUGGACCACAUGGACCGGGAGAAGUUCGACUUUAAUUCUGAUGUUCACGACAAAAACCGUGAUAGUGUGCUCAAGACACCGAUGCCCCGCGGCCUCGAGAUGCUACACUUCAUCUAUGUCAAGAUCGAAUCUCGUCACAACAUGGUUACCAGGAUGCAAAGUUUCAUUAUCCGGUCCCUUAGCAACUUGCUCAAUGAUCCUCACUACGCCUUCGAUGGACACUUACAAAGGUAUCAACAAUGCGCUCAGCCUGAGAACUCGCUCAUCUUCCAAGGUGACCAGUGUUUCACACUUCCACCGCUGGCCUGGACGAGGGUGUGUGGUGGGGGUGGUUACAAAUAUUUAUUUCAGGGGUUCCCUCCAUCCGCCUUUCGCCAAUGGGGAUGGGUCAUGUGGGACGCAGCCCGUUUCGAGCGCCUGGGCGCUGACCAUUUGAUGAUGCAACAAUGGAACGAGGAGAGCCGGCAUCACUUUGGGUAUCCGUACUGGUAG